CCAUGGUUCUACAAUACAACUUCUCUCAGCUUUUUUCACUGAGAAAACUUGCUUGUAAAGUUAUACCUGGUUUUUCAGUUCAAAAGCUAAUGGACUACUUCGGAUGCCAGGCAAACGUGCUGGUGCUCGUUCACACAGGUCGUUUGCUCGUCAACAGGUAGGUGAUAACCUUUUUAAUAAUGGUUCAUGUGGUAACAAUCAUCUUCGGCCCAGCUCUAUUCUCAACCAUUCAAGUGUUGAGAAACUAACUGUCAGGCAUUGGAAUACUCACUCUCUUUGCAAUAAAACAUGGCCUCCCCCAUCUGCGAGGAAUGGAUUACUCACCUCUGUGUUUCUCAGAGAAUUUGAUGAGUUUAUUGACACUGUCCAUUUGCUGCCCGGGAAACUUCUUAUUAUGGGGGAUUUGAAUGUUCACUUUGAUCUUCCUUCUAAACCUGAUGUUGCUCAUGUACUUGCAUCUGUCUCCUCUGCUGAUCUUGUCCAGGUUGUGACCAAACCCAUAUAUGUACAUGGACACAUACUUGAUCCACUUAUUACCAGUGUGGAUACCUGUAUUAUCGAUCAUAGUAUACAUUGUAACCACCAUUCAGACCAUGCUGUUGUCUGUGCUAACAUUGCUCUCGGAAGCCCUAAAUGUGUUCCAAGGACUGUUGAGGAUAGACCUUAUGGUAACAUUGACCAUGGUGAGCUUGGUUCUGAUCUUACCCUUGAGGUGGCUGCUGUAUUAAUCACAGGCAAGUCAUCUAAUGACAUUAUGGCUGAUUUUGAUAAGUCUAACAACUGGUAUUAA